UCUUCUAAUUUUGACUCUACUUCUGAAAAUGUAAAUAAUGAUAGGAAUUGGUGUUCUCCAAAUGAUGAAUUAUUAUUGAUGACAGAAAAAGUAGAAGAAGGUGAUGAUGGUUAUAAUUCAAAAUUGGAUGAAGCUAUAAUGAAUUUAAUUUGUACGGCAUCUCUCCCUCUUUCAUUUAUUGAAGAGCCUGGACUGAAAAAUCUUUUAAAUAUUCUUGUUCCAGAUUAUAAAUUAAGACCACAACGUUUCUUUUCUUCAUUUGUUUUAAAUAAAUUAUAUACAAAAAUAAGGCAAAAAGUAAAUGAUGAUAUUCGGACUGAAUUUUUGUCUUUGACUGUUAAUAGUUUAAAAUCAAAUGACGAUUCCUAUACCCUUCUUGUUUUUACUGCUCAUUAUAUUUCUGCAAGUAUGACUCCCUGUUCUCGUGUUUUAGCUGUGGAGCCUGUGAAGGGUGAACAAACUUGUGAAAAUGUCAGUGCUUUACUUAGUAAUGUAUUGAAUGAGUACCGUGUAGAUGCUUUCAAAGUUCAUCUAAUUUUACGAGAGGAGAAUGAUGAUGAUUUAAAAAAGGCGAUUCGUUCGACGGGUUUUGAUUCAAUGCAAUGUUUAACAAUUAAAUUAGAUUUGGUAAUUUUUAAACGAAAAUUUUAA